AUGGUUAUAAAAGAUUGGGCUAAAAUAUCACCCGGGCUAUCAAAGCCAGUGUUGUCAUGUAUCGAAAAACAGGGUUUCAAGACCAUGACUCCUAUUCAGGCUGCGGUGAUACCUUUAAUCAUGUCCUGUAAAGAUGUGGUCGCGGAGGCUGUGACAGGAUCUGGUAAAACAUUGGCUUUUGUUGUGCCUAUGCUAGAAAUGUUAAUAAAGAAACAAAAGGAAUCUCCACUCAGGAAAGAUUUUGUUUAUGCUGUUAUCAUAUCACCAACUAGAGAACUAGCUUCACAGAUUUACAAGGUGAUAGAACUAUUUCUUCAAGAGCCUGAGCUAUCUCACAUAACAAUGACUCUGCUCCUUGGAGGGCGGCCGGUAGAAGCCGACAUAGAGGCCAUUCAGAAAGGAGGUCAGAUAGCCGUAUGCACUCCUGGUAGGCUGGGAGACUUGCUUGCUGAGAGAAAGCAGCUAAAUCUUGCUGGGAGGCUGAAAGAGAUGGACAUCCUAGUCCUUGAUGAAGCAGACCGGCUUCUCGACCUAGGUUUCAGCCAAACACUCACAACUAUUCUCCAAUACUUACCAAGGCAAAGACGAACAGGUUUAUUUUCAGCCACACAGACUAAAGAACUACAAGAUCUAGUCAGAGCAGGACUUAGGAACCCAGUAGUUGUGAGUGUGAAGGAAAAAUCCACCAUCAGCACGCCAAUUCUUCUAGAAAAUUACUAUGUCAUAGUUGAACCUGAAGACAAAUUCCUCUUCCUCCUCAAUUUCAUAAGAAACAGGAAAAUCGCUAAAGGAUUAUUCUUCUUACCGACUUGCGCGUGCGUCGAUUACUGGGCCGAUGUGUUGCCAGUGUUCUUGCCAGACAUAAAAAUCUUUGCGAUCCAUGGUAAAAUGAAAAUGAAGAGAAGUAAGAUAUUGGAGAAGUUCCGACAGGCUGAAAAUACCAUUUUGUUGUGUACAGAUCUUUUGGCGAGAGGUCUGGACAUCCCAGAAGUAGAGUGGGUUCUUCAAUGGGAGCCUCCUACGAACCCUGCGUCCCUAGUACAUAGGGUGGGUCGCACGGCGCGGGGCGGGGCCGCUGGGUGCUCCCUGUUACCUCUACUACCCACUGAGGAUACGUAUGUACCCUUCAUCAAGACCAAUCAGAUGGUGGAACUCAAGGAUUGGAGGAAAUCUAAAGAUGAAAUCAAAAUUAAUCCUAAGCUUAAAGAGAAGGUCCUAGCAAUGCUUCACGAACAACAAAAGCAAGAUAGAGCAGUGUUAGACAAAGGACAACGCGCCUUCGUAUCACACAUGCGAGCCUACACUAAACACGAAUGUAACCUCCUACUGCAGUUCAAAGAACUUCCCUUAGGCCACAUAGCCACCAGCUACGGCCUUCUAAAAUUACCCAUAAUGCCAGAAAUUAAACAAGAACAUAAAGACCAAUUUGUUGGACCGAAAGAAGAUAUAGAUUUUAAUAGUAUACCUUAUAAAGAUAAACAGAAGGAAGCUAGUCGAUUGCAGAAGUUGGGAGAGUUUAGAAAGACUGGUGUUUGGCCAUCAAAGAAGAAAAAGAAAAUGACGCAAUCAGAACCAUGGGAACAAGCGAAAUUAAAUAAAGAAGAGCGUAAACAGAAGAGGAAAAAGCGAAAAGAGCUGAAAAAGAAUGACCCAGAAGGCGGGAAAAAGCGUAAACGUAAAGCGGUAACACAAGAGGAACUGAACGAACUCGCAGCGGAUAUAGCGCUUAUGAAGAAGUUGAAAAAGCGGAAAAUUACUGAAGAACAGUUCGACCAACAAUUUGAAGUGUAA